AUUUUCUGACCGGAGGCUAUUGUUUUUCCGACUUAAAAAUUCGAAGCCAACGGCGGGCGGCUGAGAUCGACUCAUUCAAGUUGUUGAAAGAAGAUGGCAGAAGGUGAUGAUAUUCAGCCCCUCUUCUGUGACAAUGGAACUGGAAUGGUACGUUAAGGCUGGGUUUUCUGGUGAUGAUGCUCCAAGGGCCGUGUUUCCUAGCAUUAUGGGGCGUCCACGAAUGCUUAAAAGAAAUAUGUUCAAACAAAUAUAUCCUUGAUUAGGUUUGAGGGUCAGUCAUAUAUGUAAUUAUUUAAUUACGAAAUUCAUUUUGUUUGGGGUUUGUUAUCCUUUUCUUUAAUGGAUUUCCAAUGUACAAAUGAAGGUUAUGAAGGUCA